CAGCGAGAGUGGCGGAGAGAGGCAGCUGAGCCAACAACUUUCAUACUCCCAUUUGUUUCUCUCCUUAGACGAUUCCGCGAAUUCGGUUUGAUUCCCCUUCUCUCUCUAGUGGUUAUUAUAUAAUUAUUCAACGGUUGCCUCCGCUGGUGACAUUUUGAGCUGGAGCGGCAGCUUGUGGAUAUGGUGGUGGCACACUUGUGUAUUUGUGUGUGUAUGUGGUGAGCGCGUGUGUGUCAGUGUGUGUAUAUGUGAUUUUAUGUCCUUUCGCGAUUCAGCUGCGAACACAGAGCACAGUUGUCGGUGUGGACUCGGCCCAUACAGUCAUUGGUCUCCGAAGAGGAUCACAGUGAAAAACUCGAGCUCUAGGAAGGAUACAGACGCCGGAGACGCGAGCUGAUCUUCAAAGUGUUGUUUGGCAAGAGAAAGAGCUCGAGAAUGUCCUUGUAUGAUUGGAGCCAAGUCUUUCCCGGUGUUUGGAGCACGGAAUUACCCCCGUGUUGAACUUGUUGCUGGUUCGUUUCAACCACUUUUCCAAGGGGAGAAUAUUCUGCAUACUUCUGUGUGCAGAGAUAAUUGUUUUAUAUUAGAAAGAGAACGGAAAUCUUUAUUUUUCAAACCAGUCGCUUUUACGCAGAGAUGUCCUCUCGCCGCGCUGUGGUUCUGUGAUCGCCCACCGGAGCGUCGAGAGCUCUUCACCGGGACCGGGUCGCACAUUGUGGGUCACCAUGGCAGCGGGAGUGGCGGCGUGGUUACCAUUCGCCCGGGCGGCUGCUAUAGGAUGGAUGCCGGUAGCCAGUGCGCCCAUGCCGACGCCUCCACCUGACAACCGGCGAAAACAGGACGGGCUCAUCUUGCUCAAUGUCAGCGGUCAGAAGUUCCAGACGUGGCGGAAUACAUUGGAGCGGUACCCGGACACUUUACUGGGCAGCACGGAGCGGGAAUUCUUCUUCCAUGAGGAGACAAACGAAUACUUUUUCGAUCGUGACCCGGAUAUUUUCAGACACAUUCUGAACUUCUAUCGUACCGGGAAGCUGCACUACCCGCGCCAGGAGUGCAUCUCGGCCUACGAUGAGGAGCUGGCCUUCUUUGGGAUCAUACCGGAAAUCAUAGGGGACUGCUGCUAUGAAGAGUACAAGGACCGGCGGCGGGAGAACCAGGAGAGAAUCCAGGAUGACGAGGACAGCGAGAACCAGAACGAUAUGGUCCCGCCGGAUAUGACAUUCCGAGAAACCAUGUGGCGGGCCUUCGAGAACCCCCACACGAGCACCAUGGCCCUGGUGUUUUAUUAUGUCACCGGCUUCUUCAUUGCUGUUUCCGUGAUGGCCAACGUGGUGGAGACGGUCCCGUGCGGGACUUUGCCAAAUCGGGUCAAACAGGUCUCGUGCGGGGAGCGGUACGCCUUGGCAUUUUUCUGUCUGGAUACGGCCUGCGUCAUGAUCUUCACCGUGGAGUACCUGCUGCGUCUAAUGGCGGCGCCCAGCCGCUGGAACUUCAUCAAGAGCGUGAUGAGUGUCAUCGAUGUGGUGGCCAUUAUGCCCUAUUACAUCGGCCUGGUCAUGACGGACAACGAGGACGUCAGCGGGGCCUUCGUCACCCUGAGGGUCUUCCGGGUUUUCAGGAUUUUCAAAUUCUCCCGCCACUCUGCGGGGCUGCGCAUCCUGGGCUACACGCUGAAGAGCUGCGCCUCGGAGCUGGGCUUCCUGCUCUUCUCCCUCACCAUGGCCAUCAUCAUCUUCGCCACUGUCAUGUUCUACGCCGAGAAGGGCUCCUCAGCCAGCAAGUUCACCAGCAUCCCGGCCGCCUUCUGGUACACCAUCGUCACGAUGACAACUCUGGGAUAUGGAGACAUGGUUCCUAAGACCAUUGUAGGGAAGAUCGUUGGUUCUGUCUGUUCCCUGAGCGGUGUGUUGGUCAUCGCCCUGCCCGUGCCCGUCAUCGUGUCCAACUUCAGCCGCAUUUACCACCAGAGCCAGCGGGCAGACAAGAGACGCGCCCAAAAGGCAUCAAAGGCAGCAGGCCAGGCGCUGGUGUGCAAGGCCAACCCCAUGUUCGAUACGCACCACAAUCACCUAUUGCACUGCCUGGAGAAGACCACGAAUCAUGAGUUUGUGGAUGAGCAAACGUUUGAGACCAGCCUACUGGAGGUUUCCAUGGUGAAGCACCCGCCUCACUCCCCCUCCCUCUCCUCUGGCUCCUCCUCCCAAGGCCUGUCGUGCUGCUCGCGGCGCAACAAGAGGAAGAGCUUCAACGUGCCCAACUCCAACAUGACUGGUGGGCAUAGGAACAGCAUCCAGGAGCUUAGCACCAUCCACAUCAGAGAGAGACCCGUCACUAACAGCCGCUCCAGUCUGAACGCUAAGUUCGAGGAGACGGUGCCUCUGAACUGCAAGCAGCCCUACAUCACGGCGGCCGUCAUCACGCUGCCCACGCCACCCGUCACCACGCCCGAGGACGACGGCUCCGCCUCCUCCCCCGACUACUCACAGGCCAACAUCGUCAGAGUGUCCGCCCUCUAGGGCCCUCGCCUCCCCACCCCACCACCACCAUCACCAUGGCAACCCUAACACGGAGAGAGAGAUAGAGAGAGCUAAAGAAGAGAGACCCUUCCCUGCUCCAAUCAGAGAACGGUGUUUGCAGGGGGGAAGGGGUAAGGGGAGCUGUGGUGUGGUGGUUAGGGGGGACAGUUUAGGCUGCAGGACCCUUUUUGUUUUCCUACAUGAAGCUACUACACGUCUGCUCUUGUGGUGAAAUAAAGUUGCAGUGUGAAGCUGCAGCACAAAGCGCCGCCUUGGAUUUUUUGGGUGGGGAGAGACUACGUUGCCGUGGCGACUGAGAUUAGCGCCUUACAAAGGACACACAAAUGGAGAGCAUUUAGCCACCUUGUCUAACUGCAGCUACUCCCUAGCCACCUUGCAUAACUGCAGCUACUCCCUAGCCACCUUGUCUAACUGCAGCUACUCCCUAGCCACCUUGUCUAACUGCAGCUACUCCCUCCAAACACUCUCCAAGGGAAAUCUUACCAUUACUAUUUUUUUCUAUAUUGUGUGUCUUUAAAUGUGAUGUCUUAAAACCGAAAUGGGGGAGGUGGAAUUUGUAUUGGUUUUUAUUGUUUGUGAAGGCCGUGAGUUUGACUAGAGCAGAUGUAUAUUUGCCAUGUUCUGAAAUGUGUGGAGUAG